AUGAUACCAAAGGGAUCAGCAUCUCUUAAUCCAGAAAUGUCCUCGCCAAUCAACGAAGAAAGUGUGCAAACCAUUGAGGCGGGCGAGGCAUCUGCUGCCCUUGCAGCCACUUCGGAUAAACACUGGAACGAAAAGCCCCAAAGGGAAGGCUGUUGCCUUGGACGGCUCAUAGGAAAUCGCUUCAAGGUGGUUGCCAAAAUCGGCGCAGGAGCAUUUGGAACCAUCUUUUCAGGCACAGAUAUAGUAACAAGUUCUCCAAUCGCCAUUAAGAUUGAGCCCAAAGCCAUCAAGGUGCGCCAAUUGGCAUAUGAGGCCCAUGUAUAUCGUGAGAUUCAAGGCGUCGCCUGCAUGCCUCGAAUAUACGCCUUUUUCGAGGAAGAAGCCGAAGGCGACUCUAGCUUGGUAAUGGAGCUUCUAGGCCCAUCUCUUGAGGAGCUUUUCAAUAGGUCCAGUAGAUUGUUUGCUCUCCCUAUUGUGCUUAUCCUAGCCGAUCAAAUGGUACGGUGCUAUAUUUUGUUUAUCGUGCAGAUUCAGCGGAUAGAGUCGCUCCAUUCUCGCUACUUUUUGCACCGGGACAUCAAACCGGACAACUUUGUUGUUGGCCGAACUACGGAUCCCUCCGAUUCGGUGACCAUUGAUGGCAACACUUGUGUCUAUCUGAUUGAUUUUGGGCUGGCAAAAGCUUAUCGGAGACCAGGAUCUGCGCACAUUCCAUUUCGCGAUGGAAAACAUUUGACGGGAACUGCACGAUAUGCCUCUUUAAAUGCUCAUCGGGGAUAUGAACAAUCACGCAGAGACGAUCUUGAAAGCUUGGGCUAUGUCCUUAUAUAUUUCCUUCGCGGCUCGCUUCCAUGGCAAGGAUUAGGUCGGCCUAAAAAGCCACCACCGGGAACACGUCCAUCAGAACCCUCCCUCAAUGCCAAAUAUGCUCGAAUCUCUGAAUGCAAAAAGGCAGUCAGCGUUGCAGAACUAACUCAAGGACUCCCCCCAGAGUUUGCUGCGUUCUUUACACACAUCCGCGGAUUGCGUUUUGAAGAAAGGCCAGAUUACGAGUACUUGAGGAAGCUCUUCAGAGCGGUGGCACGAAGAGAGGCUCUUGAAAAGGGAGGAGAAUCCAUACGCGAGGCAAUGGAAAAAAGAAAAAAACCGCUUGAAGAUUCCCUUUCAUCUCCUUUGAAGAUACUUGGCGGUGGCUCUGCCUCUUCCCUGGUUACCAUUCCGCCAAAUUCUUCCACGCUUGGCAUCAAGGAAUAUGUGCCUUGCGACGAUGGUUGCACAAACGAACGACCCUCCUACCACCCAAGACUCGGCCUUCCAGAAACUUUACCUAUCAACUUGACCAUAUCUGCGCCAAGAAUAAUUGUAAAGGAGACAAGUAAUAAUUAUUAUCCUACUCCCCACCAUCACAACCACCAUACAGGAUUGUAUCACCACCAGCAAUCCCGCAAAAAGGACUCCUGUAAUUAA